AUGGCUAAAACCUCUCUUCCUCAGGCUGCCUCCUUCCUCCUCCUCCUCCUCAUUUCCUCAGCCACUGCCGCAGACACCGGCCGUCUCUUCCUCACCAUCGUCAACCACUGUCCCUUCACCGUCUGGCCAGCCAUUCAGCCCAACGCUGGCCACCCCGUGCUUGAAAGAGGUGGCUUCGCUCUCCCAACCAACACCCACCGCUCCUUUUCCCCACCAUCUACCCACUGGUCCGGUCGCAUAUGGGGCCGAACCGGCUGCUCCCACUACAACGGCAAGUUCUCUUGUGUCACCGGAGACUGUGGCCACCGUCUCGAAUGCAACGGACUCGGUGGCGCAACUCCCGCUUCUCUCGCUCAGUUUGAUCUUCACCACGGUGGACACCAAGAUUUGUCCUCCUACGGUGUCUCUCUCGUCGACGGUUUCAACGUUCCGAUGACUGUGACUCCUCACGAAGGCCGUGGUGUUUGUCCCGUCGUGGGUUGUCGUGAAGACCUCUUAAAAACGUGUCCGGCUCAUCUUCAGCUCAGGUCAGGACACGGUGGACACGUGGUGGCUUGUAAGAGUGGGUGUGAGGCGUUCCGUACGGAUGAGUUGUGUUGUAGGAAUCAUUACAAUAGUCCGCAGACGUGUCGAGCUUCGAGCCACUCUCUGUUCUUUAAGCACGCGUGUCCUUCGACUAUGACUUUUGCUCAUGAUAGUCCUUCGCUUAUGCACGAUUGUUCUUCUCCUAGAGAGCUCAAAGUCAUCUUUUGCCACUAGUGUGUCUCUCGUGUUCGGCUUGUUCUACGGUUGUACCGAUCUCUUAUCCUUCUGUUUGGUUUGAUUUGGUUUAAGUUUGCGGUUUCCCGGUUCAGUUAUGUAGUGCAACUAUUGAAUAAUGUAAUGUCUUUUAAAUUGGCUCUGUGAGUUCGAUUGUCUUUUUAUCUUGAUAGAAGAUAUUCAAGAAUAAACUAUUUUCACUAAAC